GUUAUUUUUAUUGAUAUAUUUAUGUUAUAAAUGUGUAUUAACUUAUUUAUUCAUAUUAGUGCUUAUUCACAUUCACUACGAGUAAGACUGGAACAUACGUGCUGGACAGCAGUGUUUGACGCACGCAGGUGUUGCAGUCACGUGAUCUUGGCGCUGCUCGUGCUGGGCGCCGCGCGGGCGCUGCCCACGCCACUGCUGCCCCGGGACACGCCCCAGAGGACCGACAAGGCCCUGGAGUUCUUCCAGCAGCUGCUGCCGCCCUACGACCAGGAGGCGCCCCUGGCCCGGGAGGAUCCCGAGGACCAGGACUCGCCCGUCUACUACAUCCGCCUGCCGGCCGCGCCCUACGCCUUCGUGCCGGGCCUGGGCUACGUGAGCCAGGCGCAGCGCGGGGCCGCCAGCCAGCUGCUCAGCCCGCCCGUCAGCUUCCUGGCCAACGGCAAGCCGAGCGCCGUGUACCAGUGGUCGUCCCCCGGCGACUUCCAGUCCCCGGUGCACGCCCUCGACCAGGGCCCCUACGUGUUCAACGGCCGUCCGCACGACGCCUACCUGCUGCGCGACUCCUACAACUCGCUGUACGCCGACGCGCUGCAGGGGCUGUACCCGUGAUGCUCCGAGCCUGCAGCCUCGCCCUGGGACCCUGCCUGGGACCCUGCCUGUGACUGUACCUGGGACUGUACCCGGGACUCUACCCGGGACUGUACCUGGUACCCUGCCUGGGACCUACCUGUGACUGUACCUGGGACUGUACCUGGGACCCUGCCUGGGACCUACCUGUGACUGUACCUGGGACUGUACCUGGGACACUGCCUGGGUCUCUGCCUGGGUCUCUACCUGGGUCUCUACCUGGGACUCUUCCUGGGACUGUACCUGGGACUGUACCUGGGACCCUGCCUGGGACUUCGCCAUCUGCUUGACAGGGAACUGAACCAACGACUCUGGUCUGCAGCUUGCAUCAGCUGUGUUUCAUCUCCAGCCCACUGUCUCCAGCCGACUGUCUCCUCGUGUGAACAGUAUUGGAUACAGCAUUGUGUUUCCCAAAAAACUUUCUCUCCCCCCCCCCCUUCCCUUCAUUGAAGAAUAUUGUCUUUCUUUGUUUUCGAGUCAUUUCAGCUGACUCCAAAGUAAAUGUGCCGUGCAUGGAUUGUUAAAAAAAAAGCAGUGUGAAUAACUUUCUCUUGGAUUGUAUUGUAUUGAACCGCGCUUAAGACUGGCCAGUUUGACUUGCGUUUGGUUGUUUAAUGGCACACGGCUUUACUUAAAGAGAUGUAUAUGAAAGUAAAGAAAGGACGCUGGGAUCUUUCAAAAGAUAGAGACAAGUGAAUACCGACGAAGAUAAUGUUUACACUGAGUCCAGGUGCUGUGUUCAUGAAAUGCGAUGCAAAUACCGUCUUAUAACGUUAUGUGUCUUGUCUAAGCUGAUAUUUGUAAAAUAACUUAGUAUGUGUUAAGAAAAAUUAUUGAGAUGGAUUUAUUUCGAACAAGACUGUGAUUAGGUAAUAUUUGUUGAGAUUUUUUUAUGGGCCGUUCUGUGCAAUCUUUUAUUCAGAAGCUAACAUUUCGUCACCGUGAUGCUUUCGAGACAAAUGAGUAACUAAUAUUUAUUUAAUUUUUAAGUAUUUAAAUAUUUGUAUUAUUUAUUUUCGUUUAUAUAUUUAUAUAAAUUAACUUAUGUGAUUUACAUAUAUUAUAUUAUUGCACUGCAAACAAAAACAAAUUAAUAUUGAAAAACACUUUAUAUUAAGAAAUAAAUUUACUGUAAAAACAAUACACAAUAAAUAAAUUAGUAUUUACAGAUGAGCCUUAGGUGAAUAUUUUAUAUUGUACUUUAAUUAUAUUCAAUCCAUAUACUCAUCUACGUUAUUCGUCAAAAUGAAUCUUAUGCACUUUAUGUUUGUAGUUAUUAUUGAGACUAUUGUUUUAUAUUAUAGUACAUAGCCUAUAAGCACACACAAUAAUUAAACGUAGUCUGUUAUGUGAAAUUAUACAUAAGUUAUUCAAAUAUAAAUGUAAAAAUUAUGCAAUUCUUACUUAAAUUAUAUCAGAAAAGCCAAACCAUUGUUUUAUAUAUAUAUAAGUAAAUAUGCUUCCUUUAUUUCUAAGUAAUUUAUUUUUUUAUCUGUUUGUAGAAUGUUUGUUAUCUUUGAGUUGUAUGUGGUUAUUUACAUAGCAGUUAUCUGUCGACAAAUAACUACAAAAUCUGUUUACAACACCAGUGUUAUUACUCGUGUGUUAAUUAAAUAAUCGUAUCAGGCAUUACUCAAAGAUUUUAUACUUUCCUUACAGGAUUGCAAUAGUAUUUUUUGCAUUUCUACGAAGAAACUUGUUUUUUUUUUUUUUUAAUUCUCACCAAAUGACAGUUAAAAACAGUUUAUUUCCAAAACCAAGAAGCAAGUUUAUAAAACCCACGUGACUCGUAGAAACAAGAUGGUCUUACCUGCUGCGUUCAAGAUAAUUUUACUGUUUGUGGUUUUUGUGGUUUUUUAUAAACGAUAAUGUGGAUGAUCUGUAAUUGUGUAGUGAGUAUCAAGACUAUUUUUAUACAGUGUAUGGAACUAUGUAAAAUGUAACUUUUUAAAUAGAGUAAACAGUGUAUUUUGCGAAAGUUUUGUAUGAAGUUAAAUUAAAAUAAGUUAAUUAUUUCAGAUGAUUCUAUUUAAAAUGCAGUAUAUAUUACGUUAACGAACUCUAUGGGAAACUUUCGUUGUAGUGUUUACUUUUGUUAAAUCUUUCAACUGCUAAUUCCCGUAUUAUUAUACUUUUAUAGAUCCGUAUUUAUUAAUCUGUUUCUGUCAUUUUGGUUUCUGCAUACCGUAACACGUUUAAUUUUCGGGGAAACCUAUAACGUUUUAAAAGCAAUAAUUACUAGUGGUUUGUAUUUUUUGCGAGAAAAAAAAAGUGAUCGCUCAUUAGCCUGCAAUAAGGCAUGCCCACGCUAGAAUACACUGCCCUUUUUGGCCGGGCCAUUCACGACACUGGGUAUCUGUGAUUGGUGUGCUGACAUUAGACAUGUGUCUGUAAUAAACCCAGCCAACCACGAGGCACUGACAAUGCUACCAAAUUUUAACACACAGCUGGUCUGAAAAUCGUUUCGAGAAAAGUACAUUUCCCUAAUAAUCAGUAUUGAGGUAAUAUUUUAGUAGAAGUCAUUGGACAUGCAAUAACAUCAUGUAGAGUUUUAUUCGACAUUUCCUAAUCUUUAUGAACACCUCCUUAACAUCAUGGUGUGGUGAGAAGAUACUGGAAGAGGUUCAAGCCAAAAUUCGGAUUCUGCCUGUGUGUGAGCAACGACUCGCUCCAAAGUUGUUCUCAGUGUUAAGUAAACUUGAUUCGUAUUUUCAACUCAACCAUUGUACUUGGC